AUGCUUAUAACUGACCAAGAUCCCGCACUGAAAAUCGCCGUUGAAAAUGUGAUGCCGAAUACAAGACACAGAUUUUGCAUGUGGCACAUAAUGAUGAAAGUGGCCCAGAAACUUCCAAUUUCGUUGAGAGAAAACGCUGAACUGACAAGCAGGUUAUACGAAGUUGCAUGGUCUGAGUUCGACGAGCCUUCUGAUUUUGAGGAGAAGUGGUUCGAGGUUAUAAAUGAAUAUGGGCUUGCUGAACAUUCGUGGUUCUCAGAUAUGUUCUCCAAGCGGACAUAUUGGAUCCCUGCAUAUUUUCGUGAUUUAAGUAUGAGUGGUUUGUUUAGAACCACAUCAAUGUCGGAAAGCGAGAAUAGCUUCUUCCGUAAGUACUUGAAUCGCAAUUCUAAUCUCGCUUCUUUCUAUAUUCAUUAUGAAAGCGCAAUGCAGGCCCAGAGACACUCAUACAAACAGCUUUGCAUGACCGACCAGACUACGACACCCAAAUUGAAGACACACUCAUCCAUAGAGCAGCACGCGUCUGAUAUAUACACCAGGAAGAUUUUCUUGGAAGUGCAGGUUGAGAUAUUUGAGGCACUUAACCGCUGCUGCAUAAAAUCAAUGGAUACAGGAGCUGAAGAGCACAAGUAUGUCAUAGAUGAUCGUUCCAAUGGUACCUUCUUUGUGGCUCACAACAUGUUGGAGGACACCAUAAUCUGCUCAUGUAAAAAAUUCGUGAAGGAUGGGUUGUCAUGCAGGCACAUGUUUGUUGUUAUGCAGAACAUUGGUCUCAAAGCUAUUCCACAGAAGUAUGUUAUAGGUAGAUGGCUGAAGGAUGCUGGGAAAAGUGUGUUAUCGAUUGACGGCGUAAAAACACACAACCGACCAUUAUUUUCAGAGGCGUUUAGAUGCAUCGGAAUUGCUGAAGGGAAUGAGGCAUUAACUGAGUCACUCAUGGUUGAACUUAAAAAGUGGGCAGAUACCAAUGAGACUCAGUCCACAACCUCUGCAACUACUAAGGAAAAAAUGUUCCAGAUGUUCUAUGGAUCCAAACUACCCUCUGAAAUAACCAUACAUCCGCCAGACCCGGUAAAAACUAAAGGCAGUGGAAAGCGUUUGAAGUCUACUUAUGAGAAAGAGCUCCAGAAGGCCAAGAAACCAAAGAGAAGGUGCAAAAAAUGUAGACGUCUGGUCCGUCAUGAUUCACGCAAUUGUGGAAAGGUUGUUGAGGAGGAGAGCGAUGACGAUUAA